AUAAAAGCAGCCCACUUCUUCCGUACUUGCCACCAUCUCCCAAACACAAUCAUACCUAACCACAAACAACCACAAACAACCACAAACAACCACAAACAACCACACAUCACCAACAUUCCCACCAACAAAAUGUUUCAAGAAGAACAAAACGGUUCAAGAAGAAUGAAGCUAGAACAGCGCCUCUCCAAGUUCCACACAGCCGUGAAAUCCGCCACGUACCGCUGGAAAUGUACGAACUGCGGGACCAAGAACUCGAUGGCCACCAUGGUGUGCGCCAACACCCGCUGCCUGCAGAAGUGUACCGAGCAGGAUUUCAUCAACCACCAGCGGCGCUGCGGCAAGGGUGUGGGUUUCGCAACUAAGGCCGAUGUCAGGGAGGGCAUCGAGUCGGAGGACGAGAGCUUUGAGCCACGGGUCCGUGGAAGUCUUCUGGAUUCUGGAACGCCGCUCGGUCCGGGGAAGGAACGGUGUUUUGCGAGAUGCCGUUCCGGGACUGCUGGGAAGGAACAGAAAUACUCGUUGAGUCUCGGUGUCGGUGGAUCCUACUUCCGUGGCCAGACUCGAAAUCCGGUUCCCAUCGAGCUCUCGUAUCUACCCCCAAUACUGGCAGUGCAAAUGAUCAGUUUGGGGGCAAAGGGACCGUCGAAGUAAAAAUUUGGAGGACAGGUAUAAUACUCUAUAAGCAAUGGCCACUGCUGUUGACUUUGCGGCGAGGAGGGUAGUUAGCACGCGGUCU